CAGUCACACAGUUCCCUGAACUACCAACACCGCAACCAUGACCAUGGGCAAGAUCAUCUUUUACGAGGAGAAGAACUUCCAGGGUCGCUCCUAUGAGUGCAUGAGCGACUGCUCCGACAUGUCCUCCUACCUGAACAGGUGUCACUCCUGCAGGGUGGAGAGCGGCUGCUUCAUGGUCUACGACCGCCCCAACUACAUGGGAAACCAGUACUUCAUGAGGAGGGGAGAGUACUCCGACUACAUGAGCAUGAUGGGCAUGAGGGACUGCAUCAGGUCUUGCCGUAUGAUCCCCAUGCACAGGGGACAGUACAGGAUGAAGAUCUACGAGAGGGAGAACUUUGUCGGUCAGAGCCACGAGAUGAUGGAGGACUGUGACAACAUCAUGGACCGUUACCGCAUGAACGAGUGCCAGUCCUGCCACGUGAUGGACGGCCACUGGCUGAUGUACGAGCAGCCCCAGUUCAGAGGCAAGAUGAUGUACCUGAGGCCCGGAGAGUACAGGAGCUUCAAGGACAUGGGCAUGAGCGGCACCAGGUUCAUGAGCAUGAGGCGCAUCACCGACAUGUAA